AUGACAUUGACAAAAAGGGGGAAAAGGAAAUAACUGAGCGCUUAAUUUAUGUUGGUCACAUGGUGAACGAGAUCCAAGAUGUCUGCGACCAUGUUACCAAAGACUCUUGCAGUUAAAUCAUUUCUUUCAAAAAUAAGUGGUGUCAUUCCAAUCCUUCAUAACUCAUUUCGGCAUGCACUUUUUGUCUCAGGAAACAGCUGCACACCCUGCUCGAAGCACUUUCACACUUCAAGGCCAGCCAGUGGUUUGUGGGAUUUCUUUGAUCAUAAAGACAACUGGGGGAAGAGGGAAGUACCUGUUGGGCGUCCAUACAAGAAGGAUGAAUUGAGGAUUAAAGGAAAUGAAGAUUUACAUAAACUAUGGUAUGUACUGCUGAAAGAAUACAAUAUGCUCCUCACAAUGGAACACGAGUAUGUAAGAAGAACCGAGGUUUUGCCCUCUCCAGAAAGGCUAGAAAAGGUGGAGGAAAGCCUGGAUAACCUGUGGGAAGUGGUCAGAGAACGCAAUGAGGCCCUUCUACAACUGACCACAGGGGAGGGUUACCCUGACCGCCGCUACCUGACCAAGGAUGUCUUGGGGCGGCCACGCUGGAAGCAGCCACGCGAGCACCACGUGCCGUGGUUCAUGUCUAAGAUGCUGCACGAGUUGAAGUUUACGUCUGGCAUGUGGACCAGGCCAUUCAGAAGGUUGGAGAUGGAACAGAAAUCUAGACAGAGAAUAAAAGCUGAAAGAAGACAGCUAGGUGCAGAAAAGAAACUGGCUGCUCGUUUUGGGCAAAAGAAAGAUUUUAGAAUGAAGGGACACGGUUAAAUAGUCGCCAAAUGAUUAAGAAGGGAAUUGGUACAUGUUAGGGGCUCAAUGACACUAUGGAUAUUUUAUAUACAAAAAGAAAAUAAUGUGAUUGAUAGCUUGUAUUUGAGAAAAU